AUGGCAACAGGCUACGACAGAAUUGACCAAGAAACACUCAGGAGAGACGAUCAACUUAAUGGGUUGUUGUAGAGAAUCAGAUAAGAUGUGAUGAACGGAUAUGUUGUGGAGGUCAAAACUAGAGCCAAUUCAUAUAAUUAAUUAGAGAAUAAUUCUAAGUAAAGUUCUGGAUUACCCUCUAUGAGCAAUUCAAUAGUUAAACAUCCUCUGAUUCAAUAAAAUGAUUAACGCAAAGAUUUAGAUGAAAUUGCUGUAAUUUCAUAACGAGAUCAAUUAUAAAUGCUAAACCAUUCCAAAGCACUUGGCUUUUCCCCUCCCAAAGUCAAAAGUGAAAUAGUCAAGCCAGUUGUCGUCAACCAAGAAUUGUCUCCCCAAUAAACUCAUCAUUCAAUUCCAUAGAAAGAAGAACCUGCCCCUCAAAAAACCAUCUCCCAACAAUUGGAUGAAAUAGAAACGAAUGCAGAUACAGGUGAUUGUUAUAACAACAUUAAAAUCUUGAAGAAAAUCAACGCUUAGCUCUAACAGUCAAUGAAAGAAAGCAUUCUAGAUUGCAACCAUUUAUUCAGUUAGGCAAUAUAGACUGUUAGAACCAUGUGUUUAUUGACCAGAUUCUAUAAGUAGGUAGGGGAUUUCAAAAAUGCUAUCAAAUAGUUGAAGGCUAUCUAGAAAUAAUUCAAGAUAUUAGAACCAAAUUUAGUUGGAAAAAUUCUUAUAGAAUUGGGAAAGUUGCACUUUCUAAAUCAAGCCUAUUAGAGUGCUCAAUCUUCAUAUUAUAUGGCUCUCUAGCAUUACGAAAAAUUGGAAUGGAAAUCUGAAAUAGCUCAUAUAUUGCUUCUGAUGGCAAAAUUACAUGCUUGGACAAAAAAUUUUGAUUUAUCAAAAAAAUUAAUCUAUGGAUCAAUAGCCCUCCUAAAAGAGUUCCUUCCAGAGGAUCAUGAAUAAAUAGCUGAAGCUUAUGUUGCAUUAGGCGAAUGCAGCUAUAUUUCUAAAAAUUCAGAGGAAGCUAUCGAAUUUCUGAUGAAGGCUGUUAAAAUAAAAUAUCAAAUAUACAAAGAUUACAAGCAUCUUAAAUUUGUUGAAGUAUUCAAUCUUUUAGGACUGAGCUAUGGAUUAGUACCUGAUAUACAACAAUCACUCAACUAUUUUAUCUAAGCAUUAUAAUGCUUUCAGUAAAAUUGUGUGUAACGAGCCUAAAUUCUUAAUAAUAUAUCUGUGAUCUAUCAAGCAUAAGGAGAUGUAGACAAAGCAAGCAAAUGUCAUUCUAAAGCCAAGGAAAUCUACUCAACUUUCUUACCAAAUUAGCAUAGUUAGAUGUAAAGAUUAGUUUUAAAUUAAACAUGUCUAACUCCUCCUAUGUGA